AUGGAAAGUGAAAUCCCCAUACCGCAAAAUAACUGGGCUCCACUGGCCAUUACCACCAGUGUGUUAUUGUUCAUCGCAUUUACCACCGUCUCCCAUUACAGCAACAUCAAGAAACAGGCUUGGUAUGUCUCGGUAGUUUGCACCAUUGGUUGGUUCUUUCCCUUUUGGAUCGUAAUUCUACUUCCAUUGGACCUGGCUUCUACAAAAUAUGAUUCUUGUAAAGGAGAGUGCAAAGUACCUUUUACUUAUAUCUCCCACCAAUUUCUAUGGGUGGCAUGGCGAGCAUUUUAUUGGACUUCUUUCUGCCUAACAUGUCGCACCAGGUUCAUGAUUCCAAUGCUACAAGCGUAUGGCAACACAGGAGACUUCACUUUUGCAAAGCGUAUCAAGUCGGCUAUCAAGGUCAACGUUCGGUUCUAUUUAAUAUACGUUUUUGUUGGCAUUUUUGGUUUGAUAUAUCUUGUGUUCGGAAGUGGUUAUAAUUCAAGACAAAGAAUACAAGUCUUGGUAAUGGCUAUGGCCAAUAGCUGGGGUUUGUUUCUUGUCAUUAUAUUUAUGGGAUAUGGCCUAGUAUCUGUUCCUCGUGCACUUUGGUUCUCUGGAAGUGUAAAGCGACAUUUGUAUCAGAUAUACCUAAAAGCCCCUCGUGCCAAGGAAGAGUGCAUCGACAGUGAGUUGGAAUUUAACGAGCUAGCCAAGAUCAUGAACACUAUUGCGCAUUCGACCCAUGCCCGGAGUCCUGAGAUGCAAGCACUAGUAAAAAAGAUGGUAGCAUGGUUUCCGUUUGUGCUCGAUCCAGAACAUAACGAUCGAGAUGGAAGCACACAUAUUCCGCAGAUUCUGACAGAAGAAUAUCUUGUGAAGCUUAAUCAAGAUAUGAUUAUGGCCAUGAGAAUGAAGGAUAGAAAACUUGCAUUAUGGAAGAACAUGUUGGAAGAGGCCUUUUACUUUCAAGACAUUCUUGUCAACCGAGAAAAUGGUGAUCAUCGAUUCCAUUCGACCCUCCGUAGUCUUGAGUCCCCGUCAUUUAAGACAGACUUGAAGGAAAGAACAGAAUGGCUUUGGGUUGUUUGGGUUAGACCAUUUGUAUAUCGUAUUCUUGCAGUAAUCUGUACCUUUGUCAGUGUUUCUAUUAUCUGGUCAGAGCUCACAUUUAAUGUCAAGACCCCUGUUAUCUCCAUUGUUGGCAUCUUAUUAGAGGCGUGUGGUUUUAACUAUGCUGCUGUGGAGUUUAUAGCAUUGCUCACAUUGACCUACAUGUGUCUAUGUGUAUAUUCAUCUUUAUUCAAAUUCAGGCUAUUUAACUUGUAUUUGUUGAUUCCAAAUCAUCAUACUGAUCCCAACAGUAUGCUGUGGUUCACUAGCUAUAUGUGCAAAAUGACAGCCCCACUUUGCUAUAAUUUUGUAAACCUUCUCCAAAAGAAAGAAGAAGACAAUGGGGAACUCCCAAACAAUACAUCGACAGCUGCGAAGACAGUGUUUAGUCAGUUUAUGGGAAUUGCAAAUCUACUUCCUUUCUUGGGAGAUAAUUUUGUGGAUUGGUUUCCUGUCUUGAUCUUGUUACCAUCUUUGGCUGUACUUCUUAAUGUUCAAGGAAGAUGUUUUAGUCUCUGCGGUAUCCAGAAUGCUGGAAAUGGAGACGAAGAUGACAAUGAGACUGGAAAUGGGCUACUUAAUACUGAUAUGGCUGAUGGAAAAGCACUUAUUGCUGAAGAGCGUGCGGCAGUAGAACGUAUCAUUCACCCUGAGCUUGGGGCACAAAGAGGUAUUCUUGGACGUGCGAGAAAUGCGUUUGGUUCUUAUGCGUCAAAGUACAGUCGCCCAAAUUCACCCAGCCCUUCAGUCCCACCAGUUUCCAAUAGACAUCUUAGUCCACAUGCAUCUAGUUUACGCUCUGAGCGAGAUAGACACCUUGACGAACUUCUUUCAGGAAGAGAUGGACACAAACAGGCUGGACGGCCUGGUCAAAACAAUCGGCAGAUCAGUACAUCAUCUAAUGCAAGCGGCUGGGCAUCCAUUGGAGAUGCUGUUAAAGAUAAAAUUGGUGGUUUCUUUAACAAGCCUGCUCCAGAGGCAUUCUCUACUCUGCCGCACGAGACAGAUGCUCAACCUUUGGAUGAAAAUACCCUCCACCCCAAUAUUCCUUCGUCCGGAAAAGGACGUGUGUUUGGCCGAAUGCAUCCAACCGGAGCAUCCUCAUCACAGCAAGAUCCCCGAUCACGAUCUCCUUCGCCCAACCCUUUCUUGAUGGCUACGGCUUUGCGGACGCAGGGUUCAAAUUCCAAUGGAAAUGACUUUGUGUCUCCAUUUACACGUUUCGAAGAUAAUUCAAAGAAGCCAUCAAACAGAAGCGUAUUUGAGGGUCGAUAGAUACGCUAUAGUAUCCGCAUCUUACUUUAACCUUCUUCCUUAUUUCUUGUUCUUUUUCUAGAGAUAGAAAAGAGAAGAAAGAAAUCUAAGGAUCUGACUUGAUUGCCAUUGUAUGAUCCUAUCUAAUAUAACAUUUCAAGCUUGAAUAUUUUGGUUCUUGCGAAUAAUUAGUAUAAUAAUU